CAUGGUGACGGGAUAGCCUGAACGAAAGGCGAAGCCUGUUGUACUAGAUAAAAACUAAAUAAAAAGCCUGUUGUACAGUCGGCGCUGCGCGAAAUCCCUGUCGAUGGUCACGAUCCCCCCUUCGUUAGGAAUACGGAAGCGACGUCAGCUCCGUAUACAGAAGGAGUGGGUCUCGGAGAUGAAGCACGGAAAAGAAGGCCAGGCUUUGUGCUGAGUAACAGCCGCUGCUCGAGGGGCGGGGAGUGUGUAUAUAAGGCCGGCACGGAACACUCGGGUUACAGUCUGCCUUUGGGUAGUGAGAAGAGGAAAUUUGCGAGAUUGUGUGUCAAUUUCCUGCUGCGACAUCGAGAAUCUUUUCGCCACAAAAGUAGCGAGUUACUCGGCACAUAGUAACUGAACGAGGUAGGCAGUCGCACGCCGUCUCAUCGAUUCCGAGCCAUGGCUUUUAACGUGAAGGCUUACCUGCUGGGGAAAGACGAGGUAAACCGGGAGAUCCGCCGCUUCGCCGUCGACCAUGGCGUCUCCACCAGCUUCGAGCAUCUGUACAAGAAGGUGGCCAGUGUCUUCCAGUCUCUUCGGUCCGAGAACUUUCAGAUGUAUUACAAAGAUGAGGAAGGGGACAUGAUUGCAUUCUCCAGUGAUGAUGAGCUGAUGAUGGCUUUGUCCUUCCUUAAGGAAGGGACCUUUCGCAUCUACAUCAAAGACAAGAAGGAAUGCAAACAUGGCCAGGAGAAAGGAACUGGGGCAGUUCACCCAAACAUUGUCUGUGAUGCCUGUAAUGGCCCUGUGGUUGGUCCUCGCUACAAGUGCACUGUCUGCCCUGACUACGACCUGUGCGGUGGCUGCAAAGGGAAAGGAUUCCACAAUGAACAUGAGAUGCUGCUCCUGCAGACUCCUCAAUUCUUCCAUCCAUUUGAGCGGUUUCCCCGAGGGAUGUGGCACCACAAGAAGAGAAAUGGAGGUCUGUGUCACUGGGCUAUGGUGCAGCAAGAAUCCUUUGCUCAGUCUGCAGCUUGCUCUGGUAGACAGCAGCCAGCAGCUGCAAAGGCUCCUCCAGCUGAGCAAGCAGCAGGUUCUGGGAGUCAGAAACCAGAUCAGAAUGUGGCCUAUCUGAAGAAUGUGGGACGAAAUGUGGCUGCAAUGCUCAGUCCAUUGGGUAUUGAUGUUGACAUUGAUGUGGAGCACAGGGGCCAGCGUUUUAAAGCUACUGGGUGCCCCAUGGAAAGUCAGCCUAGCUCCACAGGUGACAAUGCACAUUCUGGUGCAUCAUCUACUGACCAGACCAAGACCAGAACAACUCCCAGCUCCAAUCAGGAGCAGAGUGAGACUGUGGUCAUGGACGUGGAUCAGACUGCCACAAAUCAGGGUUCCUUCGAGACUUUCACCCCAAACAAUGCACCGCAAAACAAGACUCCCAGUGUUGACAGUAAUAUUGAUGAGGAAUGGACUCAUCUGUCGGACAAAGGGGUCGAUCCAUCAACUGGUGAACUGCAGUCAAUGGAGCAACUUCAUUUGCAGGAACAUGAGGAAGGGCAACCCUUAAUCCAGCAACAAGAUUCUUGUUCCUAUGACCUGGGACCCACUGGAUUGAGAGAAGCAGCUCUGUACCCUCAUCUUCCACAGGAUGCAGAGCCACGCCUGAUAGAAGCCCUAUCUCAAAUGCUGUCCAUGGGAUUCCAUGAUGAGGGAGGUUGGUUGACUCGGCUCUUGCAAACCAAGCAGUGUGACAUUGGAGCAGCGCUUGAUGCUAUGCAACCUGCAAAGGGGCCAGCUCGCCAAUAAAUCACUUUGAAGCAGAAAAGAUCCAUAAACAACAUUUUUCUUUUUGCAAUAUUAUCGGAUUGCUGCUUUUCCCAAUGAAUUAUAAUCUCAUUUAAUUGCACUUUCUGUAAAAUUCUAUUUUUUAGAAUGCUCUAAGGGCUGUGCAGGUUCUUGGUGGCCCCUAUCUUAUUUCACACCUGUAUUUUCCCAGGGUUGGGAAAGAAUUGCUUUGGUACUUAAUUUGCGUUGUCACUUUUAACUCCAUUGGUUCAUAAAAUCCUCCACACACAUUAAACUGAGUAUGGGUUACUUCACUAAAUUUUUUAAUAUACUGUGUAUUUAGUGUUUGAUUUUAAAUACUGGGUCCAUUUCUCUUUUUCCCCUCUUAGGGAUGUAGGCAAUAGAAGCCCCACAAUUCAGGACAAAUUGAUGAAAGUUGCUGUUAAUGGUGUUUGUGCAUGGUCUUUUUAUUCACCACUAACCUAUGCUUGUCAGUCAUAGAUACAACAGCUGAGCACUUUUUCAGUGAAAAAACACAAAAUAUUAGAUUCUCCUAAUGAACGAGUAGUUGGGACCAAAAAAAAUUGAGUGGAGGAAGAUGAGGAUAAAAAGAAAGCUGCAGGUUCUGACAGUAAGACUGAAGCUGUAGUGGGGUGAAACACAAGUGGCUAAGACCUUAACAAUAUAUGACAAGUUGCAGUCUUGAUAGGGACCACAGACUGAACACCAGAUGUUAAAACUGUUAACCACAAAACACGACUCCAUUGCAACUGGCAGGAGUUAAAUUGUCUAGGCAGUAAGCCUACCAAUCUCCAUUUGUCAGGAGUAAUGUGGGAAAAAUCUAAAAUUUCUGCUUGGAAUCUGAAGUAUUACCAUCAGGUCAAAUACAAAAUGAAGGGAAGAGAAUUGGCAAUAGCUAAAAGGACUGCUGACAUUUUGCCCAAGUAUUGGAGGUGAAAGUGUAUUGACUUAAAUUUGAACUUCUAACAUUGAACUUUUUUUAUCUUUCUCCACAUACCCACUCUCAUCCCCCAUUUGCACCAUUAUGAUUUGUGCUGUAUAAGCAACAGUUCCACUUCAGAACAUCUCUGCCAUCCCACAGAAAGUACUUUAGAAUGCUAUAAUUUAGUGUUAAACUUUAAUCUGUACUUUGUUAUUCCCUGCAAUAAAAACUGCAUUUUAAAAAGAAA